AUGGACGAGGAAUUCAAUUGUGAGAAAGGAUGCACAACCACCAACAGCCUACGGAUUGGUGAAGAUACACAAACAGGGCGGACCAGAAGAGGAUAUGCUGGAGGCGGGAAGGAGCAGGAGGGAGUCAUUGGCACGGCGAAUCAAAUGGACAACAAGGACGACCCAUUUCACAUUCAACGGGAAUGCUCAUCAACAAAUAUUUGGACUUCCGAUGGGAUCGCCGGUUUCACCUCAUUUGGUGCUCCUACGCAAGGAUUUUUCAUGCCCCGAACUUAG